GCGAGGAUGUGGCGGGCCGCGCUGGCCGUGGGGCUCGGUGUGGCGCUGGAGGCGCUGCUGGCCUGGCUGCUGCGGCGGCGGCGGGCGGCGGCGGUGCGCGAGGUCCUCUUCUUCCCCUCGCGGGUGACGUGCACCGAGGGGCUGCUGGCGGAGGGGCCCUGCGCGUGCCCGCUGCCGCACGGCGAGAGCGCGCUGGGCCGCCUCCUGGCGCGCGUGCUGGCGGCGCGGCGCUCGCUCGAGCUGUGCGUCUUCGCCUUCUCCAGCCCGCAGCUGGGCCGCGCCGUCGCCCUCCUGCACCGCCGCGGCGUCCGCGUCCGUGUCAUCGUCGACGCCGAUUACAUGGCGGUCCGCGGCUCGCAGAUCGGGCCGCUGAGGAGAGCCGGAAUUCAGGUGCGCCACGAUCAGGAGAGCGGCUACAUGCACCAUAAGUUCGCCAUCAUUGACAAGAAGGUGCUGAUCACAGGCUCUUUGAACUGGACCACUCAAGCAAUCCAGAACAACAGGGAGAAUGUGCUGGUGGUAGAAGACCAGGAUUGCGUGAACAUUUUUCUGGCAGAAUUUGAAAAGAUUUGGGAAGACUACAACCCUACUAAUUAUACAUUUCUCUCUAAAACGUGAUUAACUGGAACUGGGAAAGGAUGAAGCUAAUUCUGGGACCAAAAUAUAGUGUGGCAAAAAGGGGGUGGGGUGUUGGGAGGAUUUGCUUCAAAAACUCAGGUUUUCUGAGAAUGGCACAGUUACUUUAAAACAAAGGGAAGUAAAGAAUUAAACAAGCAGUGUGUUUCUUAGUUUGUUCAGUAAGUUUACUUUCCGAGGAACAGAACUUGAGAUACGCUGUGUUAAGAAGUGAUAUAAACCUGCAGGAGUACU